GGAAAAGGAAACUUGGGAGAAACUGAAACUGCAGAGAAGAGUUAGGUCUACAAACAGUUUAUCCUCCAGUCCUUGUAGCCAGUCUCUGGUAGGCACCAUGAACCACGCUUCCCAGGCCUUUGUGACCACCAGCGUCGGACUCCCUCCAAACUAUGAGAGGGUCAAAGAGGAAUAUGAGGUGGACGAACUUGGAGGACCCCACGGCUCAGCUGCUGUCAGAACCACUGUGAUCAACAUGCCCAGCGAGGUCUCCCUGCCUGACCACAUCAUCUGGUCCCUGUUCAACACGCUCUUCAUGAACUUCUGCUGCCUGGGUUUCAUUGCCUUUGCCUACUCGGUGAAGUCUAGGGACAGGAAGAUGGUGGGAGACAUGACUGGGGCUCAGGCCUAUGCCUCCACUGCCAAGUGCCUGAACAUCAGCGCCCUGGUCUUCAGCCUCUUUACCGUCAUCAUCGUCAUCAUCGUCAUCACCACCACCUCCAUGGCAGUCGUUCAGGCCAUUUCAGAGAGGGUAUCACAUUCUGGAUUCUAGUCCUGCCAUGUGCUCCACUGUCCACGGCUGCCCCUCACCCCGCCACUGAAGCUCUGACCCUUCACUCUAUACUGUAUGCAGACUUUACACUCACAGAUCUGUCCAUAGUGGAUUCAAUAAAGUGCACAUGGUGACGACUGUGCUUUGACUGUC